AUGGUAGUUGCAACAUAUGUGUUAGCACCUUUACCAAAUUACAUAUCUUCAAAAUGUUCCGAUAAUAAUGAGUUUUACAGCGAUAAUGAUAGUAAUAAAAAAGACUUUGGACAAUUCUUAACGGCAAUAUUACUCGUUACUGGAGUUUGUGAGUAG